AUGGAUGUGAUUCACGACGCUCGACGUGUUGGAUCUCUGCUGGCUCACAAAUAUGCUGUACAUAUGGUUAACGUUUUUGAUACACAGGUAGCACAUUCGGUGCUGCAGCACGACAAAUUUGGCAAGCCACUUCAUGAUAUGCGGUCGAUUUCGUUCGUCAAUCUUCAGCGCGUUUAUUACCCACAGUCAAUAAUGCUCAGUGACGUGACACCUCGGAAACUUAGUCAGAGUCCUAACUGGGGUAUACGUCCCAUGAGUGAUGAGCUCUUACUCACUUCUGUUGAAGAAGCUCACUGUCUGCUUUCUGCACUUCACCAAACGCUCUCUAACCUAAUCCCAGUUCACCUGAGAGGCCUAUUCGAGGAUAAAUGCAUCGAAGUGAGUGUUAUUUUUGCUUGUUUUUUGUCAGAAGAAAAGUGCAUAUUUUGGGUGCUGCUCGCUAGUCCUACACGACCACCGCCGAUGUCGUUCAAUCCGGGCAGUCCGUAUAGGGCUUCGACGAGGGGUCGCGGGCCACCACCCACCUACAUGCAG